UCGCGUUCGCCUCGCUCCAUCCGUUAGCAAACAAUCAUGGCGGACUACAAAGAGGCGCCCUUGGCUUCUCGGCCAAAAACACUGGACCCAAAUGAGUAUUUCAGCAUCUCGCCGGAGCACCGUCGCGCCGAAGAAGACAGGGCAGCACUACGAGCCAACCUGAAGAGGCAGUACCAGACGCAACUCAACAACCCGCACAGACAAGAGCUCAUUGAAGACCCUGCCUUGACACGCUGGGUGUAUGCUCGCGCCAACCCCUACGCAACCUUCAGGCCCACAUUCAAGACAUCUCUGCUGGGUGUCAUGUUUGGAGUUUUCCCUCUCUUCGCCCUUUAUUACAUCUUCAAGACAGACAGGGACAAGAGGGAGGAGCAGAUUAAGGCCGGAACCCUCGAGCGCAAGUACGCUUUGUCAUCAUGAGCUCUGAUGUAUAAAGACCUCCUGUAUGUUCUGGUGAUGCCAGUGUGUGUAAUUAUUAAAAACCGAAUAAAAUUAUAUUGUCAAAAACA